AUGACUGCUACAAAGACAGAUUUACCUAUUGUGCAAUGUAUUGCUAGAGCUCGUAUACCUACUACACAAGGUCCGGAUAUUUUCCUACAUUUAUACGCUAACAACAGAGACAAUAAAGAACAUUUAGCUAUUGUCUUUGGUGAGGAUAUUAGGUCUCGUUCUUUAUUCAAGAGACGUCCCGGUGAGACUCAAAACGAUAGAAUGAUUAGAGGUGCUUAUGUAGGUAAAUUACAUCCAGGUAGAACUGUUGCUGAUACCGAUGAUAGAUUAGGUUUAACUUUACAUUUUGAUGAAAAGACUGGCGAUUUAUUAUAUGAAUCAAAGACAACUUGGGAUCCAAAAAAUAAUACUUUAGUUAGAAUACAUAGUGAAUGUUACACUGGUGAAAACGCUUGGUCUGCUAGAUGUGAUUGUGGUGAACAAUUCGAUAGAGCAGGCAGAUUGAUUGCUUGUGAACAUGAAAAGGAAACUGGUAUCAUUGGUGGUAAUGGACAUGGUGUCAUUGUCUAUUUAAGACAAGAAGGUAGAGGUAUUGGUCUAGGUGAAAAAUUAAAAGCGUACAAUUUACAAGAUUUAGGUGCUGACACUGUUCAAGCAAAUAUAAUGUUGAAACAUCCUGUCGAUGCUAGAGAUUUCUCUAUCGGUAAAGCUAUUAUAAUGGAUCUAGGUAUCUCUAAUGUUAGACUUUUAACUAAUAACCCAGAUAAAAUUGUACAAGUUGAAUAUGAACCAUACAUUAGAUGUGUAGAAAGAGUACCAAUGGUUCCAAUACACUGGACUAAUGAAAAUGCAGGUAUUAAAUCAAAGGAAAUCGAAGGUUAUUUGAGAACGAAAAUUGAAAGAAUGGGACAUUUAUUACAAGAACCAAUUAAAUUACAUUCUACAACUACUACAACAUCAACAACCACUACUACUGAGUAA